AUGAGCGACGUCGCGACUGUCCUCACUUCGACCUGUGCUGACAGUGUCCACGAUGAUGAGGCUGUUGCAUCCUCGUCCGGUUCUGAUCUGAGAUUCGGUACCCAACCCUUGCGAAAGCGACGACACUCAUUCUACAUACCCAGACGCAAGCAUACUGUCGGAUACACCAUGGACAGUGACGAGGGCAUUCUUCUUAAAGUUGACCUCUUCCUCUCUGAGCUAGAGCGCCGUCUCCAGUUCAUAGAAAACUACGGCGAGUUUAGCAAGGACUCGAGUUUUUCUCGCGCAUACAUCACACUCCAAGCCGUCCGCACGCGAUGUUCCGAAGCCUCCGAAGAGGUCAUCGGCGAGGGCCGCCGACGCUUGCAUGUCAUGGUUGAGACGCUCGAGGCCCGCUACCACGAGACACUUGAAGCCACCGGUACUCUCAACGAGAAGGCGCACAUCGCCAUCGACAUCCUCGAAGGUAUGCUCAGUGACUUUGAGCACCGCGUCUACAAAUUUCGCGAACGUGGGCUGGCCAACGCUGCCAACGCCGCAGGCGUGUUUGUCGACGAAGGCCGACGCAUGGCCAAUGAGGGUAUUGAGAGAGCCAGAGGCGUUGUGGAUGGCGGUAUCGAGGUUGCCCGUCGAGCUGCCUACACGCUUGAGGAGCAUAUUCAGCUGGCUAUUGUGCAGGCCAGGGAGACUGGCCUGCUGGUGUACGAAGACCUGCCGACGCCAUGGCGGAACAACCCCCACAUCAGGCGGGGCUAUCGGUUCAACGAAUCCAAGAUUGAGUGCAUCCGGUCCAUGUUCAACCUGUCCAACGAGUUCUUCAACAUCUGGUCCCACGCCCUGGGGCUCGUCCUGGUCUUAGCUGUGGCCCUGUACUUUUACCCGAGCAGCCCAAACUUUUCUCUCAGCACUAAAAGCGACGUGCUUGUGGCGGGCGUCUUCUUUGUCAUGGCUUGUCUGACGCUCGUGUGCUCGACCAUCUGGCACACGAUGAAUGCCGUGGCCGAUAUCAACGCUAUGUCCAUGUUUGCGUGCGUCGACUACACGGGCAUCUCGCUCUUGAUCGCGGCGUCUAUCAUGACAACCGAGUACACAGCCUUCUACUGUGACCCCAUGAGCCGCUGGAUGUACAUGGGUCUGUCGGCCGUACUCGGCAUCGGUGGCGUGGUUUUGCCGUGGCACCCGCGCUUUAAUGGUUCCGAUAUGGCGUGGCUCCGCGUUGCCUUCUAUGUAGGCCUCGCCCUGACGGGUUUCAUGCCCAUCUUGCAAUUGUACGUGACACAUGGGCCGGAAUUCGUCUACGACUUUUACUCGCCCAUCUCCAAGUCGAUAAUGGUCUAUCUCACCGGUGCCAUCGUCUACGCCAGCAAGGUCCCCGAGAGAUGGUGCCCCGGCUGGUUUGACUACAUUGGAGGCAGCCACAACCUCUGGCACGCGGCUGUACUAGGAGGCAUUCUCUUCCACUACACAGCCAUGCAGGAAUUCUUUGCCAAUGCCUUCCACCGUGCCGAGAGCGGCUGCCCGACGUACUGA